AUGGGUGCUUGUGCUAGUGUACCUAAGGGAAAGAAGGAUGAAGACACCGCUGCACCCCUCCCGGAACAACCCAAGGAAGAAACAACCGCCGCCGAGGUUGUGGAGGAGAAAUCUGAGAAGGUAGAGGCCAAGGUUGAAGAACCCGCCGAAAAGAAACCCGAAGGUGUUGAUCAGAAGAAAGAAGAAGAAAACGAUCAGAAGGUGGUAGAGAAAGAGAGCGAAGCACCAAAAGAAGAGUCUAAAAAGGAAACCAGCCAAUCCGCCGUAGUAGAAAAGGAAGAAGCCAAAGUCGAGGUGAUUCCGGCUUCAGACACUGUGACGUCGGUGCCAGAAAAGAAAGAAGAAACUACUGAAAAUGAGAAAAAAUCCGAAAUUGUCGAGGAAAAGAAGUGA